AUGGAGAGCGAAGUGACGCUUCCUUGUAACGUCACCACAAACUAUGAUGACGACAAGCCUGUGCUCAUCAUGUUCUACAGGAACGACUCUGGCACUCCUAUUUACACGGUGGAUCUGCGAGACCGCAAGCGCAGUCAAGCAAAACAUUUACCUCUACUGGCUCAUCGCAACCGAGCAACUUUCGACCUCCACCGCGGUCGCUCCGGUUUGAAAUUCCGCACUGUCUGGAGUACGGAUGAAGGGCUGUACCGCUGCCGGGUGGACUUCAAAGUGUCACCCACGCGCAACUCAUGGAUACACCUCUCCGUAAUUGUGCCGCCUGACAGCGUUCGUAUCGUGGAUGAAACAGACAGCGAGAAGAGCUCAAUGAUUGGUCCUUACGUGCUCGGUCAAACCUUGACGCUCAAGUGCAUCGCUAAAGGAGGUCGGCCACCUCCGAAGCUAACUUGGUGGGGAGGGUCUGAAGAAAUCCGUGGCACGCUAUCCGUAAUUUCCGGGACUCCUCCACCAUCCAGUUCUGGCAACACCUACAACAAUGAUGAGCUGUACCCAGGCCAACGUACUCCUUCUUCGGCAGGAAAAUACAGCGUCAAGACUGACGAGGGUGUUGUGCCAGGUACCACAAAAAUUGUCAAUACGUUGACGAUUCCAUCGCUGCAGAGACAACACCUGCAUCAGAGCUUCGUGUGCAACGCUGCGAACAGUGACCUCGAGAAAGCUGUACCGAUCACUGCGGCAGUUAUUGUUGAUAUGACACUUCCACCGAUGCUAAUCUCCCUGACGGGCAUCAACGGUCCCGUAUCAGCAAACGUGGGCACGAAAGUUACGUGUCGCGUGGUUGGCGCUCGUCCCCAGCCUACCGUGACAUUCUGGCUGGACGGUCGACCAAUAAAACCGAGCAGCGAACGUUCGUCUCACGAUGGCAACGUAACUGAGAGCUCGCUGCUCUUUACGCCAACCGCCGAGGAUCAAGGGAGAUUUUUGUCGUGUCGCGCUGAAACCCCGGGACUUCUGCAAGGAAAACUCGAAGAUGGAGUUAAGCUCGAAGUUCAUUACAUACCAGUGGCUAACAUAUCGCUGGGACCUCGACUAAACCGCCACAACAUCAAGGAAGGCGACGACGUGUACUUUACUUGCUCCAUCCACGCAUCACCCCCGCCCACCACCGUCCACUGGUACCAUGAUGUGAGUGUCCACUGGUACCGUGAUGUGAGUGUCCACUGGUACCGUGAUGUGAGUGUCCACUGGUACCGUGAUGUGAGUGUCUACUGGUACCAUGAUAACAUCCACUUGAGUCCGAACUCGAGCAGCUCUAGCGCAGUGUCGGCCAGCGGCGGAGUGUUGGUGAGCAACGUAAGCCUGCUGGUGCACAGCGUCGGCCGCCGCUCCAUGGGCGAGUACACGUGUCGUGCUACCAACACUGAGGGGACUGGAUCUUCCAGACCUUUCCUUCUCGACGUCAAAUACAGCCCAAUAUGUCGCUCGGCUCAGAAAUGGCAGUACGGCAUCGCUUAUGAAGAACAAGCCAAAAUUCUGUGUCAAGUCGACGCAAAUCCACCGCAAGUGGCUUUCCAGUGGACCUUCAACAACUCUGCUGAAAUUAGGAGACUGGCAGAGUCGAGCAUUGUGAACAACUAUACGGUCAGCGAGUUGUCGUACACUCCACGCAGCGCACUGGAUUAUGGGCUGCUGACAUGUCAAGCCUCCAACGCCGUUGGCCGUCAGCGGGAACCUUGUUUCUACACUAUUUUCCCGGCUGGUCCUCCGGAUCCGCUACAAAACUGUACAGUUAUUAACGAAAGUCUGGACUCAGUGCGCGUACAGUGCGUGCAGGGUUUCAAUGGGGGACUGCCUCAGAGUUUUGUCAUGGAGGUGUACGAGACUCAAGGCAAUAAACUCAGGAGCAACGUGACCAGCAAAAGUCCAUCGUUCGCCGUGAGUCGCCUACAGUCCGGCCUACGUCUCACCAUCAAACUCUACGCAGCCAACAGCAAAGGAAAGUCGCCUGAGCGCGUGCUUAUGGCGCUCACGCUCGGUGACAGCGCUGAGAAACAGACCAGUAUCCUUCAAGCAAGUGAACUGCCCUCCACGAUGGAGUUGUAUCCUUCUCUGCCAGUCAUCCUUGGUGUGAUUGGCGGGAUCGUGAUCGUGUUUGCUGCAUUUGUAGUGGUUCUGCUCGCCAAGAGGCCCGGUAGAAAUAGCAUUAAGAACUCCAUAAACCAAGAAGACUCAAGGCUGCAUAUCCUGAAGAAGGACGACGGCAGCACCAGCGGUCGUCAGGAUGGAGAUGAAAGAGACCCGGAUGUCAUCCCUGAAUCCCGAGGAAGCCGCGUGGACUGCAGCAGUGAUCACAAUCAUCCACUAGUGGCGGAUGUGUCAACUCUUUACGGAGAAAUGAUAACUCAACAAGGUUCAGCAUCUAACGCCAUUCAUUCGACGAAUAACGACAGUGGCUCAUUAAUGCCAGCAACCAACGCCCAUAUACACAACGAUCCCUCGAACAGCAACAGCCACAACCAGCCUCCACAACAGCAGGAGUUGCAACACAUACUUCAACCUAGUCCAGUGCAGCUACCCAACAACGUCACGCCAACAACCGACUUCAACACACACAAAGUCUUCAGCACAACAGGCCGGUAG